GCUGUCUCUGCAGUGAAAGUGCUGGCUGGCAGUUUCUCCUUGUGUGAACCCUGACUCUGCGCAGUGAGAGUUUGCCGCUGUGCUUCCGUCCCGUCCCACACUGACUCAGCUGUGAAGCCAGCCGGCCGGCCACAGGAGCAGCAUUUCCUCCAUGAGUGCAUCUGUAGGUGUUAGAGAGACUUUCGAACUACAGCAGCUUUUUGUUUGGGACUCCAGAUUUUACCCUCACAUCUGGAAAGCAGAGUUUGUCUGAAGGGAAUUUCAGAAUCAAAAAGAGCCAGGGCUGGAUCUUUGUCUCAGACAAAGCCAGCUGCCAUGGAGGUACGGUGGAUUGGGGUUGAACCCUCCAAGCUUGGCUCCCCAUACGCAGCCUUCACUUUGCUGCUUGGUGUUUGGUCUGCUCAAGGCCUGGAAAUGUCCGUGGGGAAAAUCCCUUUCUUGCAAGCGGUAAACGGCAGCACAGUCAUGCUGCCUUGCACUUACGCCAGCUGUAUCGGCAUCAAGGACCUCUACUUCAACUGGCAGUACAACGACAAUGGCACAAUGCAAAAAGUUUGUGAAGCUGUGAUACCAACAGAGGACGUGGUACCAGAUGUGCAAAUUCACAAAGAAAGAGUGGAGUUUAUAGGAAAGAACAACAAAAAUAACAUCUCCAUCUUAAUAUGGAACAUCACUUUCGAGGAUGGAGGCUAUUACACAUGUUUUGGGAAGAAUCCAAAAGAGAAGAACAAGAACCACAGUGCAAUAUUCCACCUUAUUGUGGUGGACGAGUUGAGGGUGGUGGACAACACGCUGACCAUUCUUAUAGCCUCGGCUGUAGGGGGAGCCAUCGCGUUCCUGAUGGCCUUCAUGUUACUCAAGAACUUAACUCUCUUUGUUCUUGCCAAACUUGAGGAGAAAAAUAAAGAGUGCCUUGUGUCCUCGUCAGGGAUUGACAACACUGAGAACGGCCUCCCAGCAUCCAAAGCUGAUUCUAAACCAACUCCCAAAAAGAAAUGAGGCAGGGCAUGUUAAACUACACAAGUACUCUGAUUUAGGACAUAUUGCAGAUAUUAAUAUGUGCAAAUGGGUUUGAAAUGUCAGUAUGUUUAAUUUAAUAACUUUUGUGGUGAGGUUUGAAUGGGAAUACAUACUUUUGCACACAAGGACACCAAAUGUGCUCUAAGUGGUGGAAAUGAUAUACAGCUUACAAUAGUGCAAGUAGUGAAUGCUCAACAUGUCCACAUCAUUGGUAAA